AGCAGUUAUUGUCGGGAGACACAGAACAUAACCAAGACAGCGCGUGGAUUAAGUGGGAAAAAAGACAGUUAAAUAUAACCAGGAUACUUUAAUUUAAACAGUACAAGGAUAUGUGUUAAAUAUCUCUGCGCAAAAUGCCUACCAAUCCAUCCAGUGCAGGUACUGCGAUCAGUAACAAAAUACGACCGAGUUCCGCUGCAGCAAAUUUACAGUCUCACCCCACCUACAACACACUUUUAUUUGACAAUAUUGGAUGUCCAUCGACGGCAGCAGUGCGCGGUACUGACCUUUCGUUGUUGUCUCCGAGACCUGCCACUCAAGCAAGUGGUCCAAGAAAAUCAUGGAAACUGCGGACAGCCAACGAUGCCUCCAAUCAUACAGAAGAACAUAUCCGGCAUCCUAGAAGACUCACCCUGGGCGCUGUUGAUGGAAUUGGCGAGAAGGAUUCCAUCGUUCGUCCAGGACUUAUUCAAGGAACUGUAGCAGAAAAAUUAAAAUUUAAGAUCGAAGAAAAGAUUAACAUUGAUACACUAGAAGAAUUAAAGAAAGCAUUUCUUACUGCUGAUGUUAAUCAAACAGGUUGUCUAGAAUUGGAUGAAUUUAAGCAAUUAUUAAAAUGCCAACUUCAUUUAUCUCAGACCAAGUUACAACAGAUAGAUGCCCUAUUUAUGAAGAUAGAUUGGUCAUCAGAAGGCGCUAUAACGUGGGAUGAGUUUUGUACAUACAUGCAGUUAGAAUAUGCAGAGAAAGAAGAUUCAUAUCUACGUGCCAAAGAAGUGGCCUUUCAGUUACCAGCAAAAAUUGAAAACCUGCCUCACAGAGAUCCAAUAUUACGCAUCACUGACACGCCUGAUGGUACAUUUAUAGCAUGUAGUCAGGAUGGUAUAGUAUCAUUUUGGUCAGCUAAUUGCGAAUUGAAAAGAACAAGAAGUGUAGUGAAUAAUGAACAGAAUAAUCGUCAAAAAUCAAAAUGGAUUACAGAUUUUUGCAUUAUGCCACAUUUUAAUAAGAUUAUUGUGGGAACUGGAGAUAGAGAGAUUCAAUUCUUUGAAUUGUCAUCAUUUGAGCCAUAUUGUCAAAUCAGCGGUUUAGAAACAGUACCUUUAAAUUUAGAUUACAGUUCUACAGGUUAUGAUGAAAGUUUAAUAUUAUAUGGUGACAGUCAAGGUUGUAUCAAUAUAUUAGUUAUCAAAUCUACUGGUGAAUGUCUCAGGACUUGGAAGAAAAUGCCGAAACACGAUGCUUUUAUAGCCAGUAUAAGUCUGGAUAGUGUUGCUAGCAGUCCUAAUGUUCGGUUUAUUCGAUGGCAGGUACAUGGUGACUGGGUACAACAGUUGAAAUAUUAUCAUGAUAUAGGUCAAGUGAUAUCCUGUUCCAAUCAUGCUAACACAGCUUUAGUUAUAGGAUGCACUAGUGGCAGUACCCAUGUUGAACAACAACUUAAAGAACUGAAGGAUGUUAAUGCACAGGAAAGAAAUAAACAAAAGGGUUUUUAUGCCUAUAAUACUACCAAAGGUCGACUAGAGGCCGAUCAAUCAGUAUUCAAGGUGUAUAAAGGUGUUAAAUGUUUUGACUUCUCCAAAGAAAAGAACAUCAUAGUAACUGGAGGAAUGGAUAGAAUUAUCAGAAUGUGGAAUCCCUAUGUAUUUGGUAAACCAACUGGUAUGCUAAGAGGACAUAAUGCUCCUAUAUUUUAUUUAUUUAUUGGUGAAGAAGAUAACCGUAUGUAUAGUAUAUCAACAGAUAAAUGUAUUAAAGUGUGGGAUAUACAAGAUCAGAAUUGUUUAGUAACAAUACGACCCAAAAGUCAUAAGAUUCGAGGAGAUCUUCAAGCUAUUCAUUAUUCACAUGUAUCAAAAGCCUUGUCGGUAGCAACUGAUCAAAUGGCUAUGUUAGCUUUACGUCUUAGUGCUGUAUUACAUGCUGAUAUUGUUAUUACACAUAAAGAACCAAUAACAUGUUGUAAAUAUAAUAGUAGUUUUAAACAAGUUGUCACAUGUUCAGAAGGAUCAGUUAUAAAAUUAUGGGAUUUGAAUACUGGAACAGCUAUAUUUGAAUAUGGUGAGGCACAUGGUGAUAAUGCUAUAACAUGUAUGACAUUUGAUAAUACAGGGAGAAGAUUAAUAACAGGGGGAAGAGAUGGAAGAUUGAAAGUCUGGAACUAUAAUAAUGGUCAUUGUCUUAAGGUGUUCCAGAAAGAAAGUGGUAAUGAAGAGAUCUGUGAUGUAACAUAUAUAGAGAUUAAUAGAAAUCGUUAUGUAAUAUCUGUUGGUUGGGAUAAAAGAGUUAAUAUUUAUUGUGAUAGUCAGUCAGAUAGUAAUAUACAUCAUGUACAACAUCCAUUACCAUACUGGUCUGAUGAUGUGAAAAAUGGACACAAGGAAGAUAUACUGUCUGUUGCACAGUGUACACCUAAUUUAUUAGCUACAGCUGGUUAUGAUGGUGAAGUUAUUGUAUGGAAUAUGGUAUCUGGUCAUAUAUUCUGUCAUUUAAUACCACCACCACCUAAACAUUAUACAGAUCAAUCCUUGGAUGGAGAUCUAAAUAUAAAUACAAUAGUAUUUUUACCAACCAGAGCAUAUGAAAAAGAAUCUGCCACUUUAGUUGCAAGUGGUCCUCGGGCCAACAUCCAUUUCUGGAAUGUUUUCCAAGGUGGAAAAUUAAUGGCCCAAUUCUCAGGGUCUAAAUUAAAUGGUGCCAUGGUGAGUACUAUGAUAGUCAAUCAAAGUAAUAGUAAGUUAUAUAGUGGAGAUAGUCUAGGUUUUAUCUACGUCUGGAAUAUCAAGAAUUACUGUUUAAUUGGUCUAGAAUCACAACCACCAGAAUUGUUAUAUUCGUGGAGAGGUCAUGUAGAAGGAGUUAAUGGUAUAGAUUUAGUAGAAGAACAGAAUGUAUUAUUAACUGCAUCAAGUGAUUGUACAGUUAGAUUGUGGACACUUGAAGGACAUUAUAUAGGGACAUUAGGUCAACCUGAUAGCUGGGAUUUGUAUAAUCCCUCUACAUUUCAGCAUCCUAUGGUACCAUAUGAUGUUCUUAUAGAUCCCAUUAGUUUACCAGCUCAUCCUAUACUAACAGCGAAAGAAACAACUCAUCAAAUUAUACAUGAAGACUCAGUAGCAGAUGUACAAGAAGAAGUGAAAGAAACAACACCCAUUAUAUAUGGUCGUCAACAAUUCUUUGUUUCCGAUGAAACAAUAGCAAGCCAAUUGAAAGAUAAAAUAUAUAAAAAGGGAACCGGGAAACGACUACGACAUGAAAUAAUGAAACCUGUAAAAAUAGAUAGAGGAGGACCAAGUGAAUACCAAAUGUUAAAAUGUUAUGAUUUAAAAGAUACUCCCCCAAUUAACCCACCAUCUUUAAAAGUGAAUAAAGAGAAUCCUUUUGCUUUUUACAUAGACUGAGAAAAUAUGAAUAAACCAAUGGAUAAAUAAUAAACCUGUUAUUGUUAUACUGUCUUUUGUUACACUAUGUAUAUAUAAAUAUAUAUAAACUAAAUUAAAGAAAGACCCCAAAGUACUAAUUUAACGGUUAGCGCGGUCUGUUCGUACUGAACACCUUCAGGCCAUUUUUAUCUGCAUUUCAUUAAAAUAUUUUAUAUGUAUGUAAGUUCUGUGUUAUCUAUGAUUCAUCAUACACUUUAUUGUAAGAUCAUGCAUUAGUUUAAUUGAGCUGGGGUUUACCCAAAACAUUUUUAAUAUUAAAGUAUGUUGAAAUUAGAAUAUGUUGAAUUGUAUAAUCAAUUGUAGCAAAAGGUCGUUAAUUUUGUGUGUCUGUAUUGAACAUGUGGGAGCCCCCAACCUAACACAAGUAACCAAAACUUAGGCUGUAUUAUUCCACACAUAUGAAUGUAACUACAUCAAAGUUAAUUUGAAUUCCAUCAAUGAUAAAUAACGGGGAGACUUUGAUGUGGAGAGUCAUAUAUCCGUGAAGGCCGUAAUUAACGUUAUGACAUAGUAAUUGAUCAGAUUCUAUUAUUGACGAAUGUCGAACACUGUCAGAAUGGCCGGCACGUCGAAUUACCCAACAACACCCAAUAACUUGAAAGCGCUGACUUUGGAAACACAAAAUAACAAUUUAGUUGAAGAUGCAUCUGCUUUGUGCCAAAAUCAGAGUUUCAUGCUCACUCCCGUGAAGGGAGAUAACUCGUCUAUGUGACUGCCAGUUGAUAAACAAAAAUAAACAACUACCAAAAGACAAUUGUUGCUUGAAACCUUCCUAAAAUUAUUAUAUAAUACCAUAUAUUGUUAUUAUUUUAUAUAUAUAAAUAACCUCUUUGUUAGUUUUGUUCAUUUAGUGCAAUAAUUACACAUACUUUUUAUAAUUUUUUUCUAAGUUACUAGCAUAACAGAACAUUAGGAAGGAAUCAUACUUUAAUUUAAUUCAAUUCAUUUCAAUAUUUGUUAGGAUGAAACGUUAAUAACUUUGUUGUCAUUUUACAAUUUUAUAUCUAUUUUCGGGUAUUGGUAUAACAAAUAAGUUGUAAUGUAUUAGGAACUAAUUACUAUCCUACAAUUUCAUGUUUCAUAAUUCUACAUUUCUGUUCUUUUUGUUCAAUU